GGAAUCGAUUCGUGAAAUCGCUAAUCAGUUGUGAAUAACAAAAGUGUCGAUUCCUCAUCGCGAUUCUUCCAGCUUCUGUGGCCGGUGCUGCCGAGGUUGACACAUUGAGAGGCAGCGCUAACCGGAGCUCCGUGCCGGGCCAUGGCGGAGAGCGACGAUGAGUACGACCGGCGGAGGCGCGACAAGUUUCGCAGGGAGCGCAGCGACCACGACAAGACGCGCGACAAGGACCAGCGGAGGAGGAGUGACGCCAGCUUCAGUCGGGAUCAUCGUAAGCGAGAGAGCGAGAGGGACAGGGGCCGCAAGGAAGACUACCGUGACUACGACCGCAAUCGAUGGGAGAGAUACUCUCCCCGACAUGAAAUCAGCCCCCCACCCAAACGCAUGCGGAGAGAAUGGGAAGAGAGACCCGUGGAGCCGUAUCGCCCACCCUACGACUUCCCAGCCGCACCUCAGCACUUUGUCCCCCCGUGGGGACACCAGGAGAUGCACCCCAUGCAGCACCACGGCAUCCCUGUGCAUGCCAGGCUUGGCAACAUGCCGCCGGAGAUGGAGAUGCCGCCCCCUCCGCCAACCAUGAAGUCUUUUAAGGAGUUCCUUGUGACUCUGGAUGAUGCCGUCGAGGAGACCGAGGCCGUGAAGCUCUACAGUGAGUACAAGCAGGAGUUCCAGCAGCAGCAGAUGCAGGACUUUUUCCUGGCGCACAAGGGCGAGGAGUGGUUCCGCACGCGCUACCACCCGGACGAGAGGGAGAAGCGGCGGCGAGACAUCAUCGCUUCGGCGCGCCACCGCGUCGCCGUCUUCUGCAUGCUCAAGCAGCACAAGUGGCUGGACAAUGUCACGCUGGAUCUGGACAAGACCGACCAGAUCGCUCACUUCCUCGAUGCUGCUUCGAUGCUGAUGGAGGGCGGCACGGCGGAGGAUCUGAAGGCCCUGGAAGUGAAGGAGGAGCCGCCGAAGCCGGUCAUUCCGCCGUGGGUGCCCCUGGGGAUCGUGCCACCGAUGGUUGUCAAACCUGUGACCCCCACCCCUAAAGCGAGCGUGGUGGAGCCUCCCAAAGAAGAGAACGUGGCCCCAGACAUACCCAACAAGGAAGGAGAGCCAGCUGCUGCGGCCGAGAUCAAGGAGGAGGCACCAGAUGCUGUGGAGGAAAAAAAAUCCCCGGGGGAAGAUGCCAAGCAGAGUUCCUCACCGGAGGAAACGAGGAAACGUAAGUGUUCCCGAGGGUCUGAAGAGGACGAGGAUGAGGGAAUAGAGGAGGAGGAGGACGGGAUGAGCUCUUCUGAAUCGGAGGCGGAACAAACAGCUCCCCCCAUCAAAGAGGAACCGUCGGACGGCACGCCUCCCGAUGAGGAAAAAUCCAAGGAGGAGAAGGAGGAGAGUGUGGAACCGGAAUCGGUGAAAAGCGUCAAGCAGGAGCAGGAAGAGAGCAAAGAAGAGUGUUCUGAGAAGCCCGAGGAAGAGCCCAAGGAAGAGCCCAAGGAAGAGCCCAAGGAAGAAACGACGAAGGGGCCUGAAGAAGAGCCCAUGGAGGUAUCCACGGAGGAAUUGAAAAAAGAAUCCAACGAUGAACCCAAGGAGAAAUCCAAAGAAGAUCCCAAGGAGGAAUUGAAAACAGAAUCUAAGGAUGGACUCGAGGAAGAAUCCAUAGAAGAUCCCAAGGAGGAAUCCAAGGAGGAAUUGAAAGGAGAUCCCAAGGAGGAAUUGAAAGGAGAUCCCAAGGAGGAAUUGAAAGAAGAUCCCAAGGAGGAAUUGAAAGGAGAUCCCAAGGAGGAAUUGAAAGAGGAAUCCAAGGGUGGUGAGCCCAAGGAGGGAUCCAAGACCGCGGGGGAGAAGCCUGCAGAAGCAAAGGUGGACUUUGUGCUGAAGAGGACUCCAGAGCAAGGUCUCCUGCCGAGGCCACGGAACUUCCACCGAAACAUGUCCAUCUUCCUGCGGAACAUCGCGCCGUACAUCUCCAAGGCAGAGAUUGUGUCGCUGUGUCGCAGGUUCCCAGGCUUCAUGCGAGUAGCGUUGUCGGAGCCUCUGCCAGAGCGCGGGUUUUACCGGCGUGGUUGGGUAACGUUCAGCGGCCAUGUCAAUAUACAGGACAUCUGCUGGAACCUGCAAAAUGUGAAGCUUCGGGAGUGCGAGCUGAGCCCCGUGGUGAACCGCGACCUGGCGCGGCGCAUGCGCAUCGUGAGCGGCGUGUCGCUGCACGCGACCGUCGCGCGCAACCACCUGCGCCUGGCCCUGAAGCUGGUGCACGCCCUGGACCGGCGCGCCAAGCUGUGGGAGUACAACGAGGGCACCACCAUCCCGGGUACCAGCGACGGCGCUAACCCGCUGUUGGGAGGCCUGUCCAAGUACCUGGAGGAUGGAAAGGUGAACGUGGAUGAAGAUGCUGCCAAAAAGGAGCAGGAAGCCGCGGUGGACCAAACCGCACCGGCGUCUGCACCGGCACCUGCACCGGCACCUGCACCGGCGCCUGCACCGCCGCCGCCACCACCGAACAAGGAAUUCUUCCUUGAGAAAAACGAGGAUCUGCUCAAGAUGCUGGACCAGCUGCUGUUCUAUCUGCGCAUCGUGCACUCGGUGGACUUCUACAACCACACGGAGUACCCGCACGAGGACGAGAUGCCCAACCGCUGCGGCAUGGUGCACGUGCGCGGCCCCCAGCCCAGCAAGCUCAACCCCAAUGAAGUGGCGGAAUUUGAGCGUCAGUUUGAGACCAAGCUGCGGCCACUCUUCCUCCAGCGGGACACGCUGGAGGACGAGGAAGCCGAGGUCAUAGGUCGCAGGGAUCCCGAGCAGGAGGUGGAGAAGUUCAUCUCGGCCAACUGCCAGGAGCAGGCCAAGGACAAGUGGCAGUGUCCCCUGAGCGGAAAGAAGUUCCAGAGCCCCGAGUAUGUGCGGAAGCACAUCAUGAACAAGCACCUGGACAAGGUGGAGGAGGUGCGCAAGGAGGUGGGCUUCUUUAACAACUUCCUCAUGGACAAGCGGCGGCCGCACCUCAUGGAGCCACGCUUCACCAUGUGCAACAUGAUGCCCGGAAUCUUCCCAAACCCCCAGGCUCUGAUGCCCAGCUACAACUUCCAACGUCUUCCCAUGCCUGCGUACGGAGGGUCCCCGUACCCACCACCGCAGCAGCAACAGCAGCAGCAGCAGCCGCCUCCACAGUUUCCUCCUCGCGGGGGCUUCGACCCCUACCGGGGCCAGAGUUCCAGCCACUACAUCAAGAGCAGGAGAGAUUUCCGCCCAAUGAUUCAGUACACGGAUUUGGAUGCCCCCGAAGAAAACGAUUUUUUCUGAAGCUCCUGCGCAUCAUGGACGUAAUCAGUUCACUCCUACUCUUGCUAACUAUUAACUAAUAGUAUGAACAAUUACUAUAGUAAUAGUUAAUACGAAUAGUAUAGCAUCACAGCUAUAACGUAGUCUACUACACCCCCAUUGUCCAUUACAGCGUCGUAGGCAGCUUGUCGUGUUGUGUUCGCUAAUUCUGCCGGCCACGUUUAUUCAAGUCAACCGUUUGUUGCGUGUGUUGAACAUUAAAAAGGUGUAGUGUGUCGAACAUUAAAAAAACAAGCAAUGCGUUGCCGGGAGACCCUUGCCGGCUGUAGACGUUUCUUGUUGCUUCGAUUGGUUCUUGCUUUGCGAGCAACACGGAUUGACGUUGGUCGAGUGAAGUGGCCCAAGCGUGUUUUUGUUGUCGUUGCUUGGCCAUCGUAAGAUGGAAAUUGAAUUGUGAAACAAUGCGUAGAAUACUCAAGGCCGUUAUAUAUAUUUUUUUGCAGCGCAACGUAAAAAGUAAACAAUUGUAACCGCU